UCGAAGAGUCCAGCAAAGAAAAAGACAAUUUAUAUUUGCUUUUGUGCGCUACACAAAUCGUAGCCCGCAUUCGGAAGUUAUCGCUAAAUAAAUAACGCAAUCCGGCUGCUCUUUCGCUGUUCGCACUCACUGUUUGCUGGUCCGUAAAACGUUUUGGCUGCUGAUUGUCGGAUUGCAGACGGGCGAGCGAUUAUUUAAUACACGUACUGUGGUGCUAUGUUGGAGAAGCAGUGCUAGGGUGGCCAUUGAGCCUCCAGGCCAAAGCAGUGACGACAAAAUUGUCCAGCUCUGCGACAGAGUGUGCUACUUACGACCCACAUCGCUACGGCCAACAGCGCGGACGGAUUUAGAGAGACCAACCGAAACGUGAACUGAACCGAAAAGCCAAAACGAUGCCACCAACAAACAAUCGGCCGGAUGAUUUGCCGCCACCGAAGGCGGAUUUUAGUGCGCCCCCACCGUACGAAGCGCACGAUUCGCAGCGCGAUGAGUACGGACAGCACGGGACGGGUGUUCCGGUGCCGGAGCUCACUACCAAGCUACCGACGUACGAGGAGGUCCAGAUGGAGAAAAUGAUUAACCACGAGCUCCCGUUGCCACCGUUGCCGCCACCGAUGCCACCGCCACCGCCGAGCAUCACGUCGAUGGGCCGCGGACCGGUCGUGCCGGGUGGGCCGCAGGUUACGUUCAUUGCAAUCGAUGCCGACGGCGAAAACAUUAGCGCCGACAACAGUCUGCUCGGGACGGACAUCGUGUUUGUGACCGCGUUUCUCAUCGCGUUCCUCUUCAACUGGAUCGGCUUCCUGGUGCUGACCUGUUUCUGCCACACCAUCGCCGCCCGCUACGGCGCGCUGUCCGGGUUUGGGCUGUCGCUCGCCAAGUGGACGCUGAUCGUGAAGCACUCGACCGAUUUUGCAUCCCACGAAAACUCCUGGCUCUGGUGGUUGAUCAUGGCGUUCGGGUUUCUGAUCUGCGUCCGAGCGCUGGUCCAGUACAUCAGCAUCAAGCGCACCUGGCGUCUGCUGUCCACGUCCGCCCAGGAGCGGUUGCUGUUUUUCUACUAAACACCGAACACGGAAGGAGUGCUUUUUGCUGUGCUGUGUCACCUCUCGAUGUUCCCCCACACAGUAUGUUUCCGCCCGCAAGUACGAUCCGUUUGUGCGCACCGAUCUCGUUCUCUAUUACGAUUACGGAAGGAUGGAGUUUUACUUUGUCCUUUGCGGCCUAGACACGUCAUCAGCAGUGAUUCGAUCCCCACAGAUUUAGGUUCCCUUUUCGGUCCCGAUCUAGUAGCAUUUUCCGUUGCUAGGGCCGCAUGAUGGCGAUUGCUUUUGUUACCUUUACGAACCGCACACGGAUGCGUGUGUACUUGCUGUCGUAUGCGUGUCCCCUUUUAUGAACCUAAUACAUUCACAUACCACAUCCGGAGUCACCGAAACGGGACGUUCGGAUUCGAGAGUUUUGGUAGGAAUUUGAUGUGUGUAAACGAAGAAAGCCACAUAUUUUAGAGUGCCCUGGCGAGCAAAUGAUUGAUUGACGUGAAUUAUAACUGCUACAUGAAACCAUCACACGGAACCACCCCGCACAGUGACGUCGUGCGGUGACCGCACCAAGAAGUUAACGGGCACGGGUUGAUGGGUGUGUCUCGCAUUGUUGUACUUUGUAAAUAGUUUGUAACACACAACGAGCGAAGCGAAGGAGAAGCUUCGCAGCUGGGUAGGGUUAGGGUUAAACAGCAGGACUGGUACGAUGGAGGGCGGUGAGAGACAGAGAGCGGAAGGAAGUCGGACGUAUGAUGGAAAGUUAUCACUAGCAGCAGCAGCAUACAACAUAUACUAAUGCUGCAUCGUAAGCAUAGAAGAUGAACACACUAUAGAUUACUAUAAAAAAACGAACCCUCAGCAAAAGUUUAUCUUACUAUUUGUGAACACUCUUAAAAAAGCAAACAAAAAAAGUAUCAAAAUAUAGUCUAUAUGACCA